AUGUCGGCGCUGGUGUCGCUGGUCCAACGGGCGGCUGCCAUCGCAAGGCCGUAUAAUUCACAGGACGCGCUUCUACUGAUUAGGGCACUAAGCGCGCUGCGGGUCAGCCGACCGGAGGUGAGACUUAUAUGCGAGAAGGCGAGCUUCUCGCUGGCGUCCUCGCCAGCCGAGGUACCCACAGCAGUUUUGGUGGACGCUGUGAAUCGCCUCUGCACGCUCCAGUCUGCGCACAUUCCAGUCGUGCAGCGUGUUUUACUGAAACGCUUUUGUGAACUCCAGAGCGAGUGCGGCGCACAAAGGCCCCCCUACCCCUCACCGACGUCGUCGCUCCCUGUAGAUCCGCGCACUGCUCAGAAGGCAGCGCUUGUGCUUGCCAAGCUGGGCCGCGCUGCGGGACAGGCGGAGACUACCGACCACGUGCUUCGGCUUCUCCAUGCGCUGCUGGAGCACCGACGUGAUGAUGCCGGUCUGCACAUCGCGUACGUUGCUCUUUACGUCAACUCUUCGAGCUACACGACCCAGCUGCCAUGGUGGGCGACGACGGCACCGCUCAAGGGAUCCGUACAGACCCUCCAACGCAGCGUUCAUUUUUUACUCAAGAACCGGCAGACGCUCACACGCGCGUCGGGCAAUGUUGCAUGGCAGCUGCUGCACCUGCUGCUUGUGAUACCUCCCUCCACGCAGUCAGCGGUGGCCUCGCAGGGGAGCAGUGCACAUCACCUGCACGGCCAACAAGGCGACAGCUUUGACAACUACUUUGCUUCCGGUGCGCUGGCGCAAAAGGUGAGCACCGGGGCCUACGUGCAGUUUGUGCACUCCUUCGGCUCAGAUGUGUGCCGGUUAGACCUGCAGCGAACAAUCGCCCUCCUGACGCCACUUGCAAGACCACAAAAGGAGGCUGCUUCCGCAGCGCUGCAUACACAAAAGCGGUUGAACGUGUACGACGCGACGAAACUGGCAAGCGCACUGGCGGCCAUGUUCUCAGUGCUUGCAACCCACCCGUCGCGCUCGGCCUCCUUCGCUGCUCUGGGGGACCCACGUGAGCAGGGUCUAAGCGUCCAAGCUUCUCAAGCCAGCCUCCAAGCCUCUGCAGGGGCGCAUGAAGCAUGGCGCAGGGUCGUGCAGCUUUGCUUCACGAUACUGUGCGACUUGGUGGAAUGCGAGCAGGCACGCCUCUGCAGCACCCACAACGAUGACGCCCUGAUGGACGCGGUGGUUUCCCCGGAUCGAUUCCUCGUUGCAGCGCUGCUCGACAGCUACGCACGGGGUUGCAACGUCUUGCUCGAGUCUGCCGAGGUACCGAAAGGCAUGCGCAACCCCGCCUCGCCGUUGUCCAUGCUUUCAGCCUCCAUCUCUGCGCUUCUGGAAUUCGUGCCGCAGCUGUCCGAGACGCCACCGACCAUGAUAUCGUGGAUGCUGCGAUCUCUUGCUUCACUGGGGCGACGAGGCAACGCCGCCGACGGCGAUCACCUCGAGCGCAGCUCUGCCUUUCUCCUUCGCCAGUAUCUCUGCGCUCCGUCAAAGAAGCGGUGCUUGCGCUCGGACGUAGAGACGCUGUACGCUUACGUGCGUCUUCUCGGCUUGAAUGGCGACCCUCACAGCAGCAGAAGCUAUUCCACCACCACCGCAACACUGACGACGCCGGGGAAGCCGCCAUCACACCGGCUUCCACCGCUCUCUGCCCUUGAUCCAAUCGUUCGCGAAAUCGCGUCGCGGCUGCGUGGGAGCCCGUUUGCCGCCGACGGCGAGCCGCAGACGGAGGAUGCGGACAUGCUCCUUGCGACACUCCUUCAUCUUUACAAGAAGGCGGUUUCCGUCUCAGCGACAAUGACGGGCAUCUCUACAGGAACGAUCGAAGUCCCACCGCUUCUCGAUGACCUGCAGAGCACACUCGCUGCAUACUAUUGUGAUAGAGUCGCGGGCACACCAAGUGUGCAGAUGAAAGACAAUGUGGCGGUGCGCGCCGCGCGUCUGUAUGUGGUGGUGGCCCUUCUGCGUGGUCCACAGUUUUCUUCUUGUCGCUCUGGCGCUGCGUUGGCCAGGGCGGCUGAGCGGACCACCAAAGAAGUGACGAUGAUUGGGGCGCCUGUGGCGUCGUCGUCCAUGCUGCGUGUUCUCGCAGUGCUGGAGCGCGGCGAACACACUGACGUGGCGGCCUCAUUGUCUCCCACGUCCUUCGACGUAUCCCUUCUCUUUACCCUGUGCCAUCGGUACCAGCAAUACAUCAACGAGAUUGUGCAGACGGGCGGGCGGCGCGAGGACGUAUCGGAGGUGGUGCGCGUCUUGUGGCGCGUUCGGCAAGUCGGUGUGCAACUCGUCUUCGCGGAAGCGGCAAGCCGGGACGUCCUGCUUGACGCCAGCAGUGUUCUUCAGGGCAGUAAUGCUACUCAGCCGCAACUCUGGUUCCCUGCUAGUCUGUGUCGUCUUGAGCAUCUCACCUGCUGCGCUGCAGUCGAUCUGCUGCAGCUUAUCGCGGAGUCGCAGUUGAGAAGUCCCGCACUGAUGCAACUUCAGCCUCACACCGCCCGUCACCUGCGCAUGACACUUUUCGAGCAGUUGACGGUGAUCGCGGAUGUGGAGUGCGUCACACGACUCUUGCAGUCGAACGCGACGCCAGCGGUCUCGCAGGUGGUCUUGCCAGAAAAGGACGAUUUGCAUCGUGUGGUGCGCUGUGUAGAUGCGUGUGUUUCCAGUCUACUCGACUCCACGCUGAAGGGGAGAAGCGAGGAUGUUGCGAAGGCAUCCCAACACGACGACUUUCGGGAGAAGGCGAGUAGACUUCUUCAUGCUCUCGUCGAGUCGCAGUUGUUUAUUCGCAUUCCCGAGAUCGUCUCCAGUGUGGCGGGUGGCGGGCUGCGACGGCGGAUGCUGGAACUCGCGCAGUACCUGGAGAGCAGCGCGCGCAAAGCAGACGCGAUCGCGGUGCUGAAGAUGAGACUCUUUUGCGGCGACGUUCUGUGA